AUCAGCUAACUUGGUGUGCUUUCUUCGUGGUAUCACGACCUCAAGUUUUAUGGCCUCGAACACCGCCUCAGCGACAAAAAUAAGCGAAAGUUCAGUUCAAGAGGCACAAGAAAAAGAGAAAGUCAGGCAUUGUUUCGCUGAGCCAUGGGAGGACAGUGAUGUGAUCCUUGUUGUGGAAAAUGAGCAGUUUCAUGUCCAUCGUCUGAUAUUAAGCAUGAGCUCACCAGUGUUCAAGGCCAUGUUCAAAUCUCAGUUUAAGGAGGCAGCUGCUAAUGAGAUUCCGCUACCUGGAAAGAAACCCAAUGAGGUGUUGGACUUCCUGAUAAAAAUGUAUGGACCCCACCACUCCAAAACAGAACUGCAAAUCACAAUGGAGAAUGUGGAACAUCUUCUGCUCUUAAGUGAUGAGUACCAAGUAACAGAACAGAUUUUCAAACCGUGUGUUAAGUUCCUUGAUGAGGAACCAAAAACAAAGGAAAACGUCAUGAAGAUUCUAGCGCUCGCCGAGUUGUACAAUUUAGAGAAAGUACGCCAAGACUGCGAUGAUCUGCUUAAGGGUUUGAGCCUCGAAACUCUUUCUGAUACCGUUCAGUUUCAAAAUAUUGACAAGGAUAAACUGCAGUAUUUCUUAACGCAAAGAAUUGAAUUGUUAGAAGGAUUACUAAAAGAGGUAUAUCCACAAUUCAUUGGCUUGGCGGAAUGUUGUAUGUGGUUGUGGGAUGAAGAAAAAAAAGACAUGCCAGAUUUGUGCCCCACUCAUUAUAGUAAUGGAAAACCGACUACUAAUCUUGUUGAUCGUUUCAAGGAAUGUGAUGAAUGCCGAUUUGUGCUAGAAAAAAUUGCAAGAUAUACUGCCCCACAAAGACGGAGGGGCAGGUAUUUGGAAUUUUCUGGUACUUACGCUACUUAUUAUGCUAGUAGGCAUCGCUUUGACGACGAUGUGUCAGAUAUUAUUAACAAGUUCUCUCAGAUAAUGACUCAAUUAAAAUGAAAAAUUGAGAAAGUCUUAAAGUGGUUGUUGAGAAUCCCGGCAGAGGCAAUGAAAAAAUAGAAAUAUAUAGAGCUGAAAUAAUAUCUCAUCGGACUUAGCAUUUCCACCAUACAUCAUUAAGGGUUUUAGUGCAUGCUUUAAAAUGAACUGAAUUUGUCAUAGGUCUGUUAUAGCUUACGUAGGUCUCAUAUCUUACAUGUCGAUUUUUGAAGAAACUAAUGGAUCCUAAGAGUUUGAAUUUUACAUAUUUUACACAUUAUUUACUCAUCGAACGCCGAUUAUCGAUAACUGAAUAAAAGCGGUUAUUGUUAAUGUGCAGCUUCUUGAUCCUUGGAGCCUGUAUUUUACAUGAC